AUGCCUCCCAGCAUCCCCGUGCCGCCUCUCUCUUUGCCAACAUACCUACAACUCGAACUCUCUUCCGAGCGCCCCUCGGCUCUCUACAUUCACCGCUCCGCCAGCAGCGACUUCCCCUACGAGUCUUCAAAAGUUAAGUUCGAGCGCUUGUACAACUUCUUAACCUUACCGCCUCAGCUUGAGCAGACUCUGGUGUUCGGUGCUUUGGCAUGUCUGGACGCCUGGUUAUAUACAUUUACCAUCUUGCCCUUGAGAUUCUUGAAGGCCAUCUUCAUCCUGCUGAAGUGGUUUGUUCAAAGCCUUGUCAAAGAGUUUAAAGACAUUGAAAGUCAAAAGGAUAUGAACUCGACGCGCUUCCAACAAUUGCCCUCGAAACUCAGAAUUUCCAACCCUUUGUACCGUCACAGGCGGUCCAAGUCUACACCCUCUGCUCUGCUUCCAAAUCACAAGGCUGACAUGUUGCAUGGAGCCUUGAUCAUCAUCAGCUGCAUGAUUCUUGUCCAAUUUGAUGCCAGUCGCAUGUAUCACAAGAUUCGCGGACAAGCUGCUAUCAAGCUCUAUGUUAUUUACAAUGUUCUUGAGGUAUUCGAUCGCCUUCUAUCAGCUAUUGGCCAGGACAUCAUCGAAUGUCUGUUUUCGAAAGAGACUCUCGAGCGUAAGCCCAAUGGCCGCAGUAAGGUUCUACUUCCUCUAGGCAUGUUCAUACUUGCUCUGGCCUACAACGUCGCUCAUGCGGCUAUGCUGUUCUACCAAGUCAUCGCACUUAAUGUCGCUGUCAACUCCUACUCAAACGCUCUACUUACACUCCUGAUGUCAAACCAAUUUGUUGAGAUCAAGGGAACCGUGUUCAAAAAGUUCGAGAAGGAGAAUCUAUUCCAGCUGACUUGUGCAGAUGUGGUUGAGAGAUUCCAACUCUGGCUUAUGCUACUCAUCAUCGCUCUACGUAACAUUGUUGAGGUCGGCGGUCUGAACAUGGCCUCAUCUAGCAGUGGCUCGACAACAAAUUUCAGCACGAACUCGACAGCAUCACCGAUUCAGAGCACGAGCAUUCUUCCGCAGGCCUUUAGCAUGUUCCCGACAGGGUUUGGUCAGAUCUUUGGGCCUUUCGUGACUGUUAUUGGCAGUGAGAUGAUUGUUGACUGGGUCAAACAUGCCUACAUCUCAAAGUUCAACAACAUCAAGCCGAGUCUCUAUGGUCGCUUCUUGGAUGUGCUGACGAAAGACUAUUACUCACAUGCUUUCGCGGACCAGAACUUGACUAAGCGACUGGGCCUACCGGUGCUUCCUCUUUCAUGUCUCUUCAUACGUGCUUCGGUUCAGACUUAUCACAUGCUUAUCGCUACCCACAUGCCGCUGCCUAUUCCUUCGACUGCCACAGAGAUUGCAUUAGAGUCAGCAUCUGGAGAGACUUCGCCGUCAACCACAGCUGCGCUUGCGCACAUCGACCAGAUCUUCAGGAGGGCGUUGGGUAGAUCAUCCUUCGGAGCAGGUGCCGAUGCCGCUGCUGGUGCCAGCUCCUGGCGCUUCUGGACGAUUGACGAUGCAAUCGCCCUGGGCACUAUGCUCGUCUUCUUCCUAAUCAUAUACCUUAUCCUACUCGCGCUCAAACUUCUUCUUGGUAUGCUCUUGCUCAGUUUUGCACGAACACGCUAUCGCAAGAUGAAGAUGCAAGAACACAAGAAGCAGAGUUUUGAUACUCAGGGCCGUAGAGUAGGCGGCUGGGGCGCAGUAGAAGUGGAUGAAGACAAGCGUAGAUGGAUCUAUGAAGAUGAUCCCGAGGGCUUGAAGAAUCUUAAAGAGCGAGAGGCUAAAGGCAAAGAAAAGGCUAAAGGAGAGUUGAAGCUUGAUGGUGUGGACAGAUAUAUGAUGGCUGCGAAGAGGAUUUGGUAG